UUUACUUUCUUUAUUCUGCAUGGAUGUACUUGUUCUCUCUCCCCUCUACCUCUCUCUUUGUUCUGACACUUCUUAUACACUUUCACUAAUCUCUAAAGAUUUCUUCAUCUUUCACAGUUUCCACCAGUUCAUUCUAAUUCUCUGAAUUCUAUCAAGAUUUCACCAAUUUUGAGUUUUUGACUUGUCUGCUCAUACAGGGCGACAUCUUGAAAGCUUGAAGUAACUACUGGGAAGUGAAACAAGUUUUAGCGCUGGAAUGAUUUGAUGGGGACAUCAAACUCUAAAUUAGAGGAAGUUAAAGCCUUACAGCUUUGUCGUGAACGGAAGAAGUUUGUAAGGCAAGCUCUCGAUGGCCGGUGUAAUCUAGCCGCGACUCAUAUUGCUUAUAUUGAGUCUCUAAAAAUUACAGGAACUGCUCUAAGGAGAUUUGCUGAACCUGAGGGUCCAAUUGAAUCUUCAAUCUACAGUUCAACUAGUGCAACACCUGAGCUACUUGCAUUAACUGAAAAGUCUCUUUCCCGUUUUUCAUUCUCUUCUCGAUCCAUCUCACGUCAUGUAGAUGCAUCUGAGAAUAUACUGCCGUCUCCUUCACCGCCAACCUCAAGUAGAUACCAUGCUAAUCACAUGAAAUUUAGAGGUACAUUUUCUAGGAAAGUUGAAGAAAAACCACCUGUUCCAGUAACUGUUUCAGUUACUCCAGUUACACCUCAGAACUCCACGCCUCGUUCCGCAGAGAGGCCUGAAGUUUCACCUUUUGAUAUUCCUCCUUCCCCUUCUGAAACUUCACCUUGGGACUACUUUGGUCUUGGCCAUGAUAUUGAUAAUCAUUUGACUUCACAAAAUGGAAGGGCGGAAAAUAGAAAUGACAAUAGACAUCUUGGAGAUGAAGAUGGAAUUCCUGCAUCAGAAGAUGAAGAAGAACAUUAUUCUUCACCCGGCAGGGAUGGGUCACAGGUCUCAGAUGAUGAAUUUGAUGAGCCUUCCGCAGAAACACUGGUCCGAAGUUUUCAAAAUGUCAACAGAACAACUGAUCAUGCUAGCAAUAGUGGUUCACCUGACAUAACCUCUGGGAGGACGGUAGCGUCAGAAGCCAAGUAUCUGAAUGGAGUGAAAAGCAAGUCACCUGAUUUGUUCCAAAGUUCUCAAAAUGUCAACAGAACACCUGAUCAGGCUAGCAAUAGUGGCUCACCUGAAAUAACCUCUGCGAGGAAGUAUUUGAAUGGAGAGAAAAGCAAGUCACCUGAUUUGUCCCCACUAAGAGCUGCACCGUCAAUACCUGCUGAUGAUAAUGCCAUGAAGACUCCAGUUAAAGAAAAUGAUUCAUCAGUAAAAGAAAAUGAUGUUGAGAAUAAGAUUGCACCCAAGGAUUUCUUUUUUAGCAUAAAAGAUGUUGAGUAUCUCUUCAUAAAAGCAUCUGAAUCAGGACGAGAAGUUCCACGCAUGCUAGAGGCGAACAAAUUCCAUUUCCGUCCAAUUUUUCAAGGGAAAGAAGGCGGUUCGAUGACCAGAACAUUAAUGAAGUCUUGUUUCUCUUGUGGGGACGAUCCAAUCCAGAUUCCUGAAGAGCCACCUCAAGAUAUGAAGUACCUGACAUGGCAUCGUUCCACAUCAUCUCAUGCUUCAUCCCCAAAUCAGUUUGGUGUACACCCAGCAGAUGGUAUUGAGGAUGUUUCCAACAAUCUCUUUGAUAACUUUUGUAUGGUCUCGGGAAGUCAUGCCUCUACAUUAGAUCGGCUGUUUGCAUGGGAAAAGAAGCUAUAUGACGAAGUCAAGGCUAGUGAAAUGAUCCGAAGUGAUUAUGAUGUUAAGCGUAAGCUUCUCCGACAGCUAGAAUCUAAAGUAGAAUCUCCCCAGAGGAUUGACAAGACGCGUGCUGUUGUGAAGGAUCUUCAUUCAAGAAUAGGAGUUGCAAUUCAUAGAAUUAAUUCCAUCUCCAGGAAGAUUGAAGAAAUAAGAGACAAUGAACUUCAGCCUCAAUUGGAAGAGUUGAUUGAGGGAUUGAGGAAGAUGUGGGAAGCUAUGUUCGACUGUCACAAGCUUCAGCUCCAUAUCAUAUCCAUAGCUCAUUCACCCGGAAAUAUGAAGAUCCUUAUUCAAUCAGAUUCUCGUCGACAGAUUGCAAUCCAUCUUGAAAAUGAAUUGAGUUCUCUUUCUUCAAGUUUUACAAAGUGGAUCGUCUCUCAGAAGGCAUACGUGGAAGCUAUAAAUAAGUGGCUUCACAAGUCUGUUUUCCUCCGCGAGAAAUCGUCCAGGAGAAAAAGAAAGCCUCAGCCUGUGCCACUCAGAAACCAUGGCCCGCCUAUUUAUACCACCUGUUCGGUCUGGCUGGAGAUGUUCGAUUCCUUGCCUACUAAAGAAGUUUCAGACGCUAUAAAGGGUUUGGCUGCUGAAAUCUCUCACUUCCUACCCCGGCAAGAGAAGCACCAAGGGAAGGGCGGAAAUCAUCAUCAUGGAACCGAUCUUGAACCUGGUCUUAAAACUCCAUUGAGAGAUGAUUCUCAUGAGGAUUGGAUAACCGGCUUUGAUGGUUUUCGUACAAGCUUGACCUUUUUUCUUGGCCAGUUAAACAACUUCUCAGAGUCUUCUGUCAAUAUGUUUACUCAACUUCAAAAGGCCAUCCAAGAAGCCAAACAUGGUCAUGCGCUGCGCAUGAAUUCUCAAUCAUAACAAGGUAUUCUCACCUAUAUUGCUCGAACUCUUCAAAAAUGCCAUAACAUGCACGUCAGAUUCACCAAACAUAGUGCAUUUUGGAAGGAUGCGAAACCGGUGCGAUAACAUUUUGAAGAGUUUGAACAACAUAGUUCCGAUGAAAGAAGUAAGUGGCAUGAUGUGAAAUACCAGCAACGAUACUGAAGAAACAACAGUGAACAUAUAUAGCAAAGGAAGGACAAAAUUUGUUAUGUACACAAGAGGUAAAAAGAUAAGAGGACAAUUUCUUGGAGCUUUACAUAUAAAUAUAUUUGGUGAAUCUUGAAAAUAAAGAAGAGCUCUAUAUAGUGGAUAUAUAUGCAAUAUUGGGAGGUGAAAAUGGGCAAUAUGGGAAAAGGAAAGGGGUGUAGAUAUAGUCAUAAAAGAGAGCUGUUUAUAUGAUAGCAAAAAAUAUGUACUAUUCAACAUGUACAUUAUUUUGAUGAACUCAGUUGCAAUUUCAUUAAAUAUUUUGCAUUUCAAAUGAGAUAAUAAACUUAAUCAACUUUUCUUCUUUUCAAA